AUGGAGGACGUUCGUAGUCUGAGUAUUAUAGGCCAGCGUACUUUCGACGCGGAAUCCUUUGGUUAUGAUCGCUUAGGCGAGAUUGCCCAGGUUGCUGAGCGGGCGUUGUCCGUCAAUGCAACAAAUGUUGUACGGCACGAUCUCGAUAGGCAUGUUGAGGGUUAUCAGGGAUCGAGUCAGACUCUAGGGACUCCACCGUUGGCUGUGAGUAAAGGCCAGAGAGUGACGAAGGAGCCCGAUAGAUUGACUUAUAGCCUUUUUCGGGCUAAAAAGCCCAAGAAGAAGUAG